AUGGCUACCUCAGACCGAAAUUUUCUAACAACAGAUUUCAGAACAACAGUAAUUGCAGCAGCAAGAACAGCCUUCCUCCUCGUCGGAAUAGUCUCCACAACCAUCAUUCUCGCCUCAACCGCGGUGCCCUUUUCCGCCGAUCUUCUCUCUUCCGCCCUCCCUCGUAUCAGAACCCUCGCCUUUGCUUGGCUCUCGCCAUCUUACCUCUUCAUCACCGUCCAUUUCAUCAUCAUCGUCAUCUGGAAGCUUCACGAUCACAACAUGAACUACCACCCCCCAGCACAAAAUGAAUUAGAAAUCCUAUUCCCGCAGAAGCCAUCGGAAAUCACCGGCGCCAUUCCACCAGAUCCCGAGCCAGAUCCGCCGGAUUCCAACCCGGAUCCGCCCAAAUCCGGAGGGACGGACCCCGAUGAGUCGCAUGACACCAUUGAUGCGACCUGGAAGGCUAUCGUGGAAAAGGGCGCCGAGAAGGCUGAUUCCGCGGCGCAGCCUCGGAUGAAGAAGAGCGAUUCCUGGGAGAGGUAUGGCCGCGCUCUGGAGGCAUCGCCGGAGGUAAGACUGGAGAGGAGGUUUAGGAAGUCGGAGACGUUUCGGAGAGUUUCGGUGGGAAGGGAGGAGCUAUUUGGGCGAGCGGAGGCGUUCAUCAGAACGCAAUAUGAGCAGCGACGACUUCAGCGUCAGGAGUCCGUGCAGCGAUACUUCGAGAUGGUGAACGCUGCCUGCUGA